UGGCUUGUCGUGCUUGGAAUUCUCAACCUCUAUCUGCUGAGCUACAACCACAACGAUGUCGAUUCAUUCUUUGAGACGCGAGUGUGCUAACCUCGCCUGGGACAACAGCAUCCCCCCGGCCCUGCAUGUCAAAUCAGGCGACGAGAUCACCUUUGAUUGCCUUGACGCAUCGAAUGGGCAGGUGACUCCAGAGUCGACAGUCGCAAGUCUAGGAACGAUGAACAUGGCAGCAUUAGAUCAAGUGAAUGGGCCCGUAUUCGUGGAGGGUGCAGAGCCUGGUGACACGCUCCAAGUGGACGUUCUGCGCAUUGAGAAUCCCGAAUGGGGAUGGACGGCGCUGUUCCCAGGAUUCGGGCUGCUUGCGGACGAGUUCCCAGAGCCAGCACUCAAGAUAUGGAAGCUGGAACCAGACGGGUUUGCGUGGUUUGAUGAGAAAAGGGGGAUGAAGAUACCACUGAGACCUUUUGCAGGGGAGAUGGGGGUCGUGCAGAAGAAGAAGGGAGCUUUCUCGACUAUUCCGCCCUAUCAUACAGGAGGAAAUAUCGAUACAAAGCAUGUGACGGUGGGUUCGACGUUGUAUCUUCCGGUUGAGGUGGAGGGAGCACUGUUUAGCAUUGGGGAUGGCCAUGCUGCACAGGGGGACGGAGAAGUGUGCGGAACUGCAAUCGAGACACCCAUGAAAGUUUCAGUGCGGCUCUCUGUGAGGAAAGAUAAGCCGUACACCAAGACUCCCCAUUUCAACACGGCCAUUAAGCCGGAGGGAGAGUAUUAUUGCACCACCGGCAUCGACUCGGAUAUCAAGGAGGCGACAAGAUCAGCUGUGAGGAAUAUGAUUGAUUUUCUGGUUGCGGAUUAUGGGUUGGAUAGGGUGGAAGCGUAUAUGUUGUGCAGUGUUGCUGGAGACCUGAGGAUGCAUGAAGUGGUGGACAUGCCAAAUUAUGUGAUUGGGAUGAUGAUGCCAAGGUCUGUACUGGGACCGUCGAAUAAAGCCUGAAGGAGGAGAACUAAUGCUCGGUCUUAGAUUGGUUUACCUAGCACGUAACAGAUAACCUGACAACGUUAGUGCGGCUUCAACACUGUGCACCGGCAUGAGCCGAU